AUGUCCACUCAAGAAAGUGUCUUCCUUCUCGUCCCGGGCUCCUUCGCCACUCCCAAGGCAUACACCACACUGGUUGACGCUCUUCGUGCCCAAGGUCAAAAUGUUGUCCAAAUGGAGCUUCUCUCCGUGAACGAUGGCUCCCGCCAACCACCCGCAACAAUGGAAGACGAUACAGCCCACAUCCGACAAGCAGUCAUCUCAAUCUUAGACGAUCCAAUCGCACCCAAGAACGUCAUCGUGGUCCCGCAUUCUUACGGCGGCAUACCAACAACGUGUGCCUUGGAAUCGCUGUCCAAAGAGGCUCGAAAAUCUGCAGGCAAAGUUACCGCGGUCACUGGCAUCAUCUACCUCGCUUCCUUCCUGCUCUCAGAGGGCGAGUCCCUACGCGGAAUCAUGGGCGAAUUCGAGGCUCUCCAGGAACCCAUGAAAACAGGAGUACCCGGUGGAUAUUUGCCGGGAUUUACCCCUGAACUGGCCCAGCUUGUGUUCAAUGAUCUUCCUGAAGAGGCAGCACUGAAUUUCAUCGGGUCUCUGUCCCUCCAUUCGUCGGAUAGUUAUAAUGGGGAAGUGUCCUAUGUUGCGUGGAGGGAUAUCCCGAGUCUUACUAUCAUCCCUAGUAAUGACAUUGUUGUGCCGACGCCGAUGCAGGAGGUUAUGUAUGAGCGUUCUGUGAAGGCUGGUGGGAAAAUUGAGAGAGUCUUGAUUGAUGGGGCUGGUCAUGGUCUCCCUGUAAGUCGGUUGGAUGACGUUGUUGAGGAGAUGGUCAAAUUCGCGCGGCGGGGGUAG